UUUAAGUCAAUUUUCGCAGAGAAUUCUCUUUUAAAGUAAUUUCCAUAUUUUACUACGCUCUCUAUUAUAUGAAAAAUUAUGCAUACAUACAAAUAAUAUAGGUAAAUAUGCAAAGUGUCAUAUCACGUAAAUAUAAUAUGUAUAAUGAGAAUAUGAUAUUCAAUACUUUUAUUAUCAUGGAAACAGGAGAAUAUUUAUGGACAUACACCCACAUGCUACCUUAAAAAUUACCUUAUUUUGACUAAAUAUGUUUUCUGAGCCAUUAUUUCACACAUUUAGUUGGAUGCUCUACUUCUUAUUUAAGUCUUAGAGCUGAGAAGCCGUGAUCCAUUUCAAGAUAUAAAAUAAUAUGAAACGUAGAGCACGGGAUUACAAAGAAAUAAAAUCGUCGGAAGAUGACUUCCAAGAUAAGUAUUUAAAUUGGUGCAUUCAUCUGCCUAAGUUGAGUUCCAUUGAGGCAGAAUUUAUGCAAUUGGUGUGUCACGGCAACGUCAAAGCCGUUCAGAUGCUCUUGCAAGAAUGUCCGGACGUAGACAUCAAUUGUAUUAACUUUCAGGGCAAAUCAGCUCUCCAAAUAGCAGUGCGGAAUCAGUGUAUGGAUAUGGUGGAGUUCUUAUUGGCACAGCCUCGCGUUGACAUCGGCGACAACGUGCUACAUGCCGUGCGAAAUAACAGUAUCAACAUUUUGGUGAAAUUGUUGGAAUGUCAGAAAAAGGUUUCUCCCGGCUUGGAAUUCGCCGGCGCCAUGCAUUCUGCAGAUUUUCCUGAACACGUGACACCUUUAGUCCUGGCUUCCCAGCUAGGACACUACGAAAUGGUGGCGCUUCUGAUUGAGCGCGGACAUACCAUAAACAUGCCCCAUGCUCCUGGCUGUUACUGUAAAUGUUGCAAGAAUGCAUUUAGGAAUGAAGAUCCUCUCCACGCUAGUCUGGCACGGUUAUCAAUAUAUCAGGCUAUAUCCUCUCCCGAGUACAUCAUGCAAACCUCUCCAGACCCGAUCCAGUCCGCCUUCUUCCUGGCUGAUGAGCUCAGCGCCAAUGCCUCCAUUUAUAUACAGUUAGCAGCCUCCUACAUUCAACUUAAAGAUGACGUUAGUGCUUUCGCCGUUGACCUUAUAGGAUGUUGUCGCACCUCUGCAGAAGUAGAGAUAAUAUUAAAGCAAACAUCGGGGUGCCAGCGUCGUAGACAUUUCGUACUCCCUCGACUUCUGAUGGCGGUGAAUUUUAAACAGAAAGAGUUCGUGGCACAUCCGAAUACACAACAGGUUUUGGAGAAUUACUGGUUGGGCGACUGUAGCUGGAAAAAUAAGUACUACAUUACCAGAGUAAUUAUCAUAGUAACAAGAUUAUUCAUUACACCAAUCAUGUUAAUUUUAUCUGUGAUUGCCCCACGACACUGGCUCGUUAGGCACUGGCAAAUACCGUUGAACAAGCUGAUAACCCACGCGGCUGCGUACCUCUUGUUCCUCACUCUAGUCUUCCACAUUUCGAAUCAAGAUAAACGCGAUCAGAAACGGGGCCCGCCAAAUACAGGAGCCGAAGGUCCGGUCGUAUUGUAUGUGCUCGGCUACAUAUGGUCAGCCGUGCGUAUGUGCUUCAUGCAAGGUCCCCGGCGGUACUUCUCGGAGAUGUGGAACUGGGCAGAGAUCAUCAUGCUGCUGCUCUUCGUGCUGUCAUUCGGCUUUUGGAUCUCUGCUGCCCUGGCUGUCGCCAAUGAAUUUCAAUAUUUAGAACGUAAAUAUUGGCAACAGCAUGACCCUACAUUGCUGGCUGAAGGGACAUUUUGUUUAGCUACGAUAUUCGCUUACUUCCGACUCAUGUUCCUGUGUCAACUGAGCUACCAUUUAGGGCCGCUGCAGGUUUCCCUUGGAAAAAUGACUAUUGAUAUUUACAAAUACACAAUUGUGUUCGCGAUAAUCAUCAGUGCUUUCACUGCGGGGCUCGCGCGUCUGUACCAAUAUUACGAUGGAAUGGUUUACGAAGAUGACUUUGGAGUCAAAACUGUGCAGGUAUCUUCGUUCACAAGUAUGACAGACACUUUGAAGACAUUAUUCUGGGCAGUUUUCUGCAUGGCGCCGUUGGAGAGCGCGGACGUGGUCAUCGCCAACAACAGGAAUAUAAGGAGUAUGGAGAAAUUCCAGGAAAAUCGCCACGAGUUUACUGAACUUGUUGGAUACUUCUGUUUUGGCUGUUUCGAAGUUAUAUCAGUAAUUAUCGUGCUGAACAUGCUUAUAGCAACGAUGUCCAACACGUUUCAAAGAGUCAACGACAACGUCGCCAUUGAGUGGACUUUCGGCAGAACUGAAGUGUACAUAAACUACAUGUUGCAGACGACUCUGCCGCCCCCGUUCAACCUGGUGCCCACGGCAGGCGGCAUGAGCACAAUUUUCGAAUGGCUAAGAAUUAAAAUUUUCAAUACAGUGGGGGUUCGCGCGCGCUGGUCCCCUUCCUACUGCUGCUAUGUGGAGCGCGAUGUUGAGGCAAAUAUACAGAAAGAGUUUCCUGUGUUAAUGUCAGUUCUAGCUCAACGAUAUUUAAGUAAGAAACUCGGCAAACAAUCUCAAGUACAUAAAUUAAACUCCUUAAUUAGAUAACUGGAUAAAUGAAUUGCAGAACACGACAAUGAACUUUUUUGUAAGAUUACGUAUAUGAAUAGUAAUAAUAGUAUUCUAGUACAAAAUAAUAAAAAAAUAGAUGUAAAUUU